UGAAAAAACACAAAAAUUUGGUGCAUUAAAAUAUUUUUAGGAAUGAAGUGUAUUAUUAUACAUUAAUAAAUAAUACUUUCAAUUGCAUUAUAAUGGAAAUAUCCGAAUUAUCUGAUGAUACAACCUCGUGCAAUCAAUUUACUGUUGAUGAUUUAGACAUCGAAAUUUUACCUCUAAUAUAUGAAAUAAUCAGAAGUGUAGAAAAAGAUCCUUUUGAUACAACGCAAAAGGCAAAGGAGUCUCAAGAUACAAGCCAAAAAAUAUUAGAGCUUCAAAAAAAAUUUGAUUCAGUUAGAGCACAGAUAAAACGAUUACCAGGUAUAGAAUACAGCAAAGAAGAACAGCUUCAGAAGUUAGAGACUCUCAGAAAGCAACUUCGGUUAAAACGUGAAUUGUUGCUGAAGUAUCGAAAUAUGUGUAGUUUUGAAAUACCUAAAAAUUAAUAUUUCACAUUUCCUCAAUUAAAUUUAUAUCUGUGAUUAAUAAUGUUACGGUUUUUAUUGCGAUAUUUAAUGAACAAUGAAAGACUUAUCUCCAAGUUGGCAGACUCUAGGCCAAUGCGAAGAGCUGCACAAUUUGUUGUAUACUUG